AGCUCCAAUAUAGCUUCCUGUAUACUACCAUUCCGAUAGACAUUAUGGGCUGGACCAAAGUCUCCGAGAUUCGCUGGGAGCGCCCCGUUAAUGGGCUCGAGGGCUAUUACGUCUUUAUGGCGAGCGCAUCCGCAGCUUUGUUCGAUGGUCGCAAGCAUCAUGUUGUCUUCUGCAAGCUGAAGAUCGAGACUGAUCGACGCCGAGGACAUCGAGGUCACACUGAAACAAGCUUGGAUGAAGCUACGCUACGAGCAACCCCAGAUCGCGAUGACAGUUGAAGGAAUGACCAUGAUAUACGAGGUUCCCGACGAGCUGGCCCUCCAGGAAUGGUUCGCCUCAACCUUUAUUGUCUCGUCCGCCUCGAACGCUGAGGAGCUAUAUUCCAGCGCUACGCCGAUCAAGCAGGCCACACUAUACUACAUCCCCAAGUCAGGAGAGCUUCUACUCCUGGCUCCCCAUCACAUGCUUGAUGGUAAGGGGAUGCUGUUACUUUGUCAUAACUACUUGAACGCCUUGACAACGCCAUCUCAGAACAUCACUCUCAAAUUUGGGGACGAAUACACACGACUAGCGCCCGCCAUCGAAGAGGUUCUGGGAUUCCCAAAGCAACCAACAUCAGAGCAGGCCGAGAAGGCACUUUCCAUCGCAAUGAGCUACGCGAGCAGCCUUCCAGGCAUUGGACCUGUGUCUAAGGUCGGGCAAGUCCCGCCCGGCAGAUGCCAGAGUACCGAACUGGUCUUUUCGACGCAGACAACCGAGAUGAUUAUCAAGGCCUGCAAGAACAACAGCAUCACUGUCACCUCUGCCAUACACGCAGCAUACAUCCAAGCAAUUGUUAAGUAUGCAGACCCGAACUCCCAUCGAUCUCGCUAUGCCAAUUCAGCUACAUUCGACCUACGGCCACAUCUGCCAGAACCCUACAGUACAAGCCAAUAUGCGGCUUCGGUCUACUUCACACCGUACCCUCUCAUAAUUGAUCUGCUUCCGUUCUGGGAGAGUGCGCAUACACUGAACAAGUACUACCAGACCACGAUCAAGGAUGAUCCCGAAUUUCUAGAACUAAAUGGACACAUCAUGCGUGUUAUGUUGAAUGCGAUCCAGACACCCGAGUUUCAAGCCAUCCCUAUUUCUGGCGAUGCGAUAGUAAGCAGAAUGGGAGUUGCUGAGCGGUACGUACAACGCGCAUACGGCAACAUGACUGUCCGGGAUAUUAGGAUGGGGGUCGAUGUUCUUCUGGGACCAAGCGUCCUUUUUGUCUACACAUUCCAGGACCAGUUACGGUUGGCGUAUAGCUUCAACGAUGGAUACGAGGAUCCAACCAAGAUAGACUCCUACUUGAAGGAGAUCGAGAGAGUUCUAGUCGAGGAACUUUUGGGAUGAUGUACUCGAGUCCAGAGACAGCAUGACUUGGGAGGGUGGUUUGACAUGCAGGAGUUGCGAGUUGUCCCUUAGAUAUGAAUAGUACUGGAG